AUGUCGUGCUUUUCAAGCCUGUUCGGGCGCAAAAACACCCACGGCAACAUCACGUUUGAACUGCAAAGGCCAAAGCCGCGCUAUGUGAACACCACCAACAAGCCGUCGUCGUCGCCCUACCCCAGACAGAAGCCUGGCUCGAGUAGGGCAGACGCCAGACCGCGACUCAACCAUACAAAGACAGGAUUUGUAGGCACCUCCGCGCCGGUCAGACCGGACAGCCCGAUGCCGCAGUGGGGGCAGCUGGUGCCCCCGAGGCGGAAACAGGUGCCGAGGGAUUACUAUCCGCCCCGGACCGAGGAGACGCGCCGCACGGCGCAUCCUCGGCAGCAGCAGAGACACCCCAAGCCCACGGCGCCCGCUUUCCCGCCGACGGUCAACACCAGUCGGCGAGGAGCCGCACUCGGUGUUGGUAGCAACAGCAGCCGCCACGGUCGUCGCCAGCCGCAGCAGCCGCAGCAGCAGUCCGGUCGUCGUGGGCCGCACUCUCCGACCAACGCAGCCAGCGUCCGGCUCGCGAACCCCCCCAAGGGCAGGGGCAAGAACACAAAGGCCAAGGACACGCCGUGGGAUUCGGCCUGCGACGUCUCGCGACCCAGCAGCGGCAGCGGCCGUGGCAGCAGCCGCGGAAACAGCGACGGCAUAAGCUGGGCCGACCCGCCGGUUUCGAUCCCCCUGCGCCAGCACACGCUGCUCGACGACGAACAAGACGACCUGUACCUCGACGCCGCGGCCGCGGCCCUCGGCCGGAAGCUCUACCGGUACCCCAACACCAAGGACGGUCGCGUGGAGCGCGCCGUCGUCCGCGAGUCCUUUUUCCUGGCGAGCGAGCAGCUGCGCGCGCGCGCGGAGCGGCAGCUGCAGCGGCAGGAGCUGCGCCGGGGGCAGCAACAGGAGCAGCAGCAGAAGAAGAAGCAACAGCUGCGUCAGAAGCAUCAGCGUGAACACGAGAGCCUUCUGCGCCAUGCGGAGGAAGAGAAUGUGGCUGUGGCUGCCGCCGCCGCCUCCCCGCGCGAGGCGGAAACAGGGCACGAAGCCAACAUGGAGGCGGCGGCCGUGGCGCUCGGCCGCAUCCUCGAGAGCACCAAGGACUCUCCAAUCCCGGUCCCGGCGCAGCCCCCGACCGCGGCCAACGAGCAGGCGGCCGCCGCGGCGCUCGACCGCAUCCUCGAAAGCACAAAGUACUCCAAGGCUCUCGUUCGCGUCGGCGGCGCAAGAUCGGUCUCAUCGGCGCAGUCUUCGACCACGGCCAGCGGGCAGAGGAGCCGGAGCAGCAUCAGCAGCAUGAGCAAUGGUGGUGAGUUUGCCCGUCGCCCGACGGUGGAGAGCCACGUCACGCGUGAGAUGGAGUUGCUAAUGGCGCAUGUGAACCAGGAGAUGGAGGACCACGAGCGCGAGGUGCGCGCCGGCACGUACGCCACCCACCGAGCCAGGGGCGGCCGGCGCUGA